GAAGAUUACAGAAGGAAAUAUUGCGUAGUCCCGUAAUAUAAAAGACGACAAGAAUCACGGAUUGUCAACCAGUUCAUCAAGAGACCUGCUAAGAUUUACAAACCUCAAGAUGAAAUUCCUGUAUCUUCUCGUUGCUGUCAUGAUGCUGGUGGCUAUGGGCGCCAACAGGGUUGAUGCUGAUUGCAAAUCCGGAAAAUAUAAGGGCCCCUGUGCUGUUUGGGAUAACGAAGCAUGCCGGCGUAUUUGCAAAGAAGAGGGACGAGUGUCUGGACAUUGCAGCGCACGUUUGGCGUGCUGGUGUGAAGGCUGUUAAUAAUCCCUUGAAAGCCAUCCAUGUCUGAAAAAUAUUGACUGAAUAAUCAGGUUGAAGAAUAAAAAUUAUAAAUUCAACAUUAA